GAGAGAGAGAGAGAGAGAGAGAGAGAGAGAGAGAGAGAGAGAGAGAGAGAGAGAGAGAGAGAGAGAUGGAUGAAGAAGCGAGGUGUGUAUCGAGCCUGCUGGAGACGAUGGGAGGAAGGUGUUGUGCUAGAGACGAGUCGGCUAGCGAGAGAAGUCUUUCUUGUGUCGUCUCGGGAAAUGGACAAGCUUCUGGUGACAGCACUGACAGGAAGUGCGGGCCGUCUCGUCACCCGUCAGGAGCGGCGGCAUUUCUGACGCUCUCUCUCUUGGGUGUGCUGAGUGUAAUCCCAGACUCAGGCAGUUAUUACGGCCUGCGCCAAGAGCAAGAAUGGAUGACUUACCCGCAGGCAGGCAGCGCAGCGAAGGAGGCGGAGAAAGCAGCUGUUGGCGGGAGAUCGGCGCUGUGGCCGUUGUCAGACGAGGUGGUUUCUGUUAGACCUGCUUGUGCUGCUUGUGCAGAGGAUGCUGCGGGAGGGAUGGACACUGGAGAUGGUAACCGCACAACGGGCUUUACUGUGUCGCCGAAAGGCGGGUUCAUAGAGCGGGGUAGCCUGCGUCAUAGCUGGGUCCCACAGGAGGAGAAGAUAACCGUAGAAGGUGGUGUUCCCGCUGCCAGAUGUGUGACGGACAAGGCGCUGGUGCGUGCCACGCAAAAUGCGCAACCUGCGGAGGAUGGGGUUUGGGGAAUGGUGCUGGAUGAACUGUUCAGUGCGAGCGAGACGGAUAUAGAGGUGAUCGUUCCCGACUUUGAAUCGUCUGAGUCAGGUGAUCACUCUGCUGGUACGCACGAGAAGAGUUGUGGGAGGCUGGAAGUUGAAUGCACCUUUAGAUUGCUUGUGGAUGCUUGCGAGUUGCAAGCCCAAGGCGAGGAAUGGGUGAAGGAACUGAGAGACAAGCUCAGCAAUCCGGAGGUGAAGACGAUAUAUCUUGAGGAUCCAGCGAUGGCGGCGGACAGGAACCGAAGGCUUCAUCGAGGACGUUUGGCAUUUGCGGCGGGAAACCGGUGGAGAAACGUGGUGGCAACGGCUCAAAAUGUGUGGCGGGAAUCGGCUGCGAAUUCUACGUGGAAUGGCUACUGCAAGGUUUAUGGGCGGGAACGGCACAGGACAUUUCUUGGCGGGAAGGAUGGGUCGAUGGGGGAUUAUUGCUAACCAGGGGCCAAGUCCCACUAGAUGGUUUUCUUCAUUUCUGGCCAUGGAUCUGUAUAUUCCAGCCACAAUCGGCGGUCAAGAAUGAAGAACACACGCCAGUGGGACCUGGCCCCGGUCUAUAAGCGGGAAAAGACAAAUGAGAGACGAAACAAAAAUCAAGCCGUCACGGCGAGGAGGUUUCAAACACCGUCUUUGCGGAAAGCGAAAUGCACAGGAGCGUUCUGAGCUGUGGAGAGGAACGAACGAAGAACGCAAAGGACAUGAACUUUCUUAUAUAGCCGUGAUGGGCCGAUUGGACGUUUGGAACACUGAGGGCAUACUCGCACGAGGACUCUCCUGGAUGUUUUUGACCGGAGUUUUACCACGACCUGGAUGCAUCUGAUCGCAAUGACGUCCAGAGCGUUGUCGGAAAAGUCCUGCCGGUAGUUUGAGUAUGCUCUGAGGAGAAGCGCAUACACGCGAGGAGGACACGCACACGGGAGCGACAGAGGGAAACAUCCUCUACUGUGUGCUCGUCUGUUUACUUUCGUACGCGCUUUUUGCUCGGCACUGCGGAGAAUGUAUGUAUUUGUAACUUUGUAUUUUGAUGACGACAGUGCUUUUUGCCAAGGACGAGUGUUUUACUUCACAACACGUCGGAGCGGAGGAGCAGCAGCAGCAAUCAAUUUUCAACAGGUUG